GCUGAACAAAGAAUAUCAUUCAAGUUCUAAAUAUGAUGCAACAUAUCUCAGAAGAAAGGGAAAGAGCACAUCAGACUAGUUGUACACUACCUCCAAUUGAGAUAUUUUAGAUUAUUUAAGGUAUUUUAGAUGAUGUCCUCGUAUUACAUCCUUGAAUUAAACUCUCUCUUCCAUUGCUAAGUUCAGUGAAUGUGAUCGGCCAAAGUAGAUCUGACUGCACAAUCUACUAGACAAGUACGCUUACAUUAUUCAUUACUAAACUUCUCUCUUCCUUUCUGCGUCUGCGUCCUCUGAAAAUAGUGCUGCCCUGACAGAUUUUGAUGAAUCAGGUGGACAGGCAUUUCAGCCUGAAAUUAAAUUUUUACUCUACCCUUCCUUAAAAAGGCAAAACAAAGGCGUUGAGUCAAAUUACAGGAAACAUCCUCCCAUGAUUCUGUAGCUGAUGUCAAAGAAUGCGACCAGUACAUUCUUUUCAGCUUGUAUCGCAUACUCACUCACGGCUUCGGGUGAUGUCAUGCCUUUUUUUUUUUUUUUUUUUUCGGAAGGUUGGGUGUUCCCAAUUUGUAGCAUUAAAACAUUAAACGUUAUUAGAGCGGAGAAACUCAGCUGUCUAUUGGUUUGGCAACUCCAUGUUUUGUUGUAAUUGGAUGACUGAACUAGAGAGACAUUUUACCCGCCUCGUUUCUUAGGCUACAUAAGCUUUGUGCAACGCAUGUGUGGCAGAAAACAAUCAUAGCUUUACCUACCUAUCGCUACACUCUGAUUACUUUUGUAGAAAGUCACAACUUUAGACCACAAUCAAAGAAACCAAUGGAUCUAUCCGCGGGAAUACAGAAAAUGUCAGUGGGACAGCCUACAGUUGGUGGUGCCAUGAUGUGCCUGACGUGUAAAGGGGUCUGCACUGGAUUUCAGCCGCAUUCCUGGAGGAAAGCCUGCAUAGUGUGCCACUGCAGCCAAGAAGAACAUACCCCUAACUCUGACUUGGAGGAUGACCGGAAGAUGGGCUGCUUGCUGGCAGACUCUCGGUAUAGUCACCUCACAGCCAAGGUCAAGGGUGGCGAUGGCUUGCGUGUGUACAAGCGCAACCGCAUGAUCAUCACCAACCCAGUGGUGUCACGCAAAGACCCCACCUUCCACACGAUCACCUAUGAUUGGGCCCCUCCAGGCCUCACACAAAAACUGGCUAUGCAGUAUAUGGAGCUGCUUCCUGAGGAGAGACGUCCAGUGGCAGGCACUGAGGGAGCUAUCCAUCGUCGUAGGCAGUUGGUGAGGCAACUCCCUCUCCAUGAUCAUAAUCCUUUGCACUGCCACAACCUGUCUGAUGCAGAACUGCAGGCCAUGGCCACCUUUGUGAAGAACUUUAAGGAGCAGGUUUUAGGUGUGGGGGAGGUAUCUCUGCCUGGGGAGAGGGAGAAGGCACAGGAGAAGAGUGAAUCUCCUGCAGAACCAGCUCAGACGAUACAGCCCAUUACCAACGGCACUUCGGAGAAGAGUGAUAAGAAAAGUGAAUAUAGGUGCAGUGGCUGUGGGGAACUGGCAGCAGAGGACAGUCUGGUGGUGUAUGCUGAGAGGGCUGGUUACCAGAAGCUGUGGCACCCCACCUGCUUUAUAUGUGCAGAGUGUGGGGAGGGGCUGGUGGAUCUGGUGUACUUCUGGAUAAACGGAAGACUGCUGUGUGGACGCCAUUACGGCCAGAGUGGGAGACCCCGUUGUCCUGGUUGUGAUGAGCUGAUUUUCUCUGAGUUGUAUCAUAAAGGAGAAGAUGGGCAGUUAUGGCAUAAAGAGCAUUACUGCUGCUGGGAAUGUGGUCAGAAACUCAACACUCCAUGUGGUUGUGCCAACAGAAAGCUUAGACCUGUCUGAACGGCUGCUCAAAUAAACGUAGAUGUGUCCAUCUGA